UGCCUGACAGUGUCGCAAAAUGUACCCGAACACCGUUUGCCCUUUGCUUUGGCACUGCAACCUUUGACCCCUGCAGUCUGCCUGCAGAUGAUGACUGAUGGAUGAGACGAGCGACUGACGGCUUCUACUGUUGAUACAACGACAACAUUCUCAAGUCUCAAACCUUCUGGGAAUUUUGAAAAUUAGAUCUAGAAUCUAGCUUUCCACAAGCGGCAUCUUCACCAUGGGAGAGAAGUCUGACCUCGGGAAAAAACGUAUGCUGCUGUUGCUGCUGCUGUUUGCGGUGCUGCUGGCGUUUGUGUACGUGUACGUGGUGGAGAUUGUGACGGUGGUCGUUGUUCUGUUUGUCUCCUGGCUGGCUUACGACUACAUACACGACUACACGAGGGAGAGCGUGGAGCCUGCGGGCAGAUACGUCUUUAUCACCGGAUGUGAUACUGGGUUUGGUCUGGCCAGUGCGAAGGCGAUCAGAGACCUUGGCUUUGGCGUGAUCGCCGGGUGCUAUGACGACAACAGUGCCGGGGCCAAGGAGCUGAGGGCACGGCCGUGGGUGCAGAAGGUCGAGGUCGUUUCUCUAGACGUGACCAAUGAGGCAAGCGUGGCCGCCUGCGCCAAGGAGGUGCGGGAAAUCUGCCAAGACCAAGGUGGGCCCUCGUUUUGGUUUGAGUUAAGAGUUUUACAGCACUUGCAACACAGUUAGGUCAUAUAAGUGUUGAAGAUUAGUUUUAGUUUGAGUUAGAGUUUUAGAGCACUUGCUCACAAUUAGGUUGUAUAAGUGCUGAAGCUUAUGGGUGAGAUGAAAAGAGAUAAAAUGAGAUGGAUUAACAAGAUAAGAUGAAAUGAGAUGAAAUGAUGAAUAAUAUCAGAUUUGAUGAGAUAAAAA